AUGGAGAUUGAGAUAUUGUCUACCAUUGGGUCAAAAUCACUUGGAAAGAUUACAUUAAAUGAAGAUGCCACUGUAAAAAAUGUUAAGGAAAAAAUUUAUCAAAACUUGAAGAAGUCGCUGUACCCUGAAAGGCAAUCAAUCAAGCUAGAAGCUAAAGGGAAGUCAUUAAAGGAUGAAACCACUUUAAAAUCUAUAAAUGUUCAUGAUGGUGCUAAGCUUUUUGUCUCAGAUCUUGGACCACAAGUGUCGUACAAAAAUGUAUUUUUAGCUGAGUAUGCCGGACCACUAUUUGUUUACUUGUGGGUUUACCAAAGACCGUGGAUCUUUUACGGAGAACAAUCUUCAACACCUGGAACUGUUGCUAAGUAA